AUGUCUUCCGCCGACUCUUCCUCCGAGGCUGCUACUGCCCCCAAGCCCGCCCUUACCGAACGCGAGCUCGAGAUCCUCCACCACGCUUGGAGCUCCUUGAAGAGCGCUCCCGAGGUUGACUUUGCCAAGCUCGCCGCGGCCUGCAAGAUGACCAACCCUCGCUCCGCCUCUAACGCCUGGAGCGGCAUCAAGAAGAAGCUCUUCUCCGACCUCCCCGCCCAGUCCAGCAACAGCGCCGGCAGCAGCUCCGCCAAGCGCAAGACCGCCACUCCAUCCAAGAGAAAGGCCGCCGCUGCCGCUGCUACCACUAGCUCUGACGACGCCGACGAGCUCGCCGCUGCCGGUAGCGCCAACCUGAACUCGGACGGCGAGGAGAAGCUCGCCGUCGAGACGCCCGCUAAGAAGAAGCGCGCCACCCCGGCCAAGAAGAAGGCCGCUGCUACCCCCAAGGCCGCCGCCAAGACCACCGAGAGCGACGAGAACGCCGACGAGGAGGCCGAACCCGAGACGCCUACCAAGAAGAAGGCUGCUGCCGCCAAGCGCAAGACCCCUGCCAAGGCAAAGAAGGCUGCUGUUCCUUCUGCUGCUCCAGAGAAGGCGGCUCCCGAGAACGAGGAGGCUGUUGAUGCCGAGGACGCUCCUGCCGCUGAUGUCGCCAAGCUUGAGGUCAAGGAUGAGGCUGCCAAUGACGACGUUGAGAUGUCGGGCGCCGCGAACACUGGCGAGAUUUAA